AAAUUAUUUUAUCGAUCAAGCGGUCAACGAAAUGAGGCCGUGGACUAAAACCCUAAAAAGCCAUAGAAGAAGAAGCAGCAGCAGAAAGUGAAAAACCGUUAACAUCUGCGAUGACACAAAAAAACAAUCUAUUCAAAGGCCAACAGAAGAAGAAAAUAGUCCCACCUAAUCGCCAUGGAAAAAUCACUCACAUCCGCAAAGGGAAGAGAUUUGUGAAGCCAUCAAAUUUUACGAAGGAGAUGGAUGCUGAUAGGGAGCUAAGCAAGUUCAUCAACAACUGUAACGAGAUCAAAGCAGCUACUGCUGCGAACAAGGAAGGUGGUCAACUAAGCAUUGUCAAACCACCACCAGAACCAGCAAGAGCUGCAAAGAAAGAAACUUGAUGCUGCAAAAUGUAUGCUUUGCUUUAUGCCUUUUUCAUGUUUAGUUGGGAGGUCUCUCAAUCAGUUUUGACAGUAUAUUAGAUUGGAUAUGAGAGUUUUGCCCGACUUGGAUAUAAAUGGUUGAUUCGUUGAAUGUAAACCAUAUUUCCUUGUAGCCCCUAUCUAUACAAGUUUUGGUAAUCAAGUUUUUAUCUUCUUUAA